AUGGAUGAAGAGAAGGAUAAUCUCAUAGAUAAUCAUAGAGAUGAUUUACAAUCAGAAAAUAAAACUAUAACGACGAUUAUAAACUACGAUGAUGAAGAUAUUUGUAAAAAUUUCGUAGAAAAUGAAACAAUCAAUGGUACUUCUGCUACUAUUCAUCGUCCAUUUCUAGAAGGUCAUCGUGAUAGUAUAUGGAUGUCUAUGGGUAUUAAUAUGACUGAUGAAGAACGAAGAAAACGACGUAUGAGUCGACGACGUGAAAGUCUCGAUGCUGAACAGCAAUUAGCGUCACUUGGUUAG